GCCCGGGGCGGGGCCUGCGUGCGGGGGCGGGACCGCGGCGCUAGGGACAGGCGGGCUCGGAUGGCGGCGGCGAGGGGCGCCUGAGCGGGCCGGGGCCAUGAGCGCCGCCCGGCCCCAGUUCAGCAUCGAUGACGCCUUCGAGCUGUCCUUGGAGGACGCGGGCCCGGGGCCCGAAUUCAGCGGGGUCGCCCGCUUCGGGCCGCUGCACUUCGAGCGCCGGGCCCGGUUCGAGGUGGCCGACGAGGACAAGCAGUCCCGGCUGCGCUACCAGAACCUGGAGAACGAUGAGGACGGAGCCCAGGCAUCUCCGGAGCCGGAUGGGGGAGUCAGCACCAGGGAUUCCAGCCGAACGUCCAUCCGCAGCUCGCAGUGGUCCUUCAGCACCAUCAGCAACACCACCCAGCGCUCCUACCACGCCUGCUGCAGCUGGACUCAGCACCCUUUGAUCCAGAAGAACCGCCGGGUAGUGCUGGCCUCCUUCCUGCUCCUGCUGCUGGGGCUGGUGCUGAUCCUGAUCGCCGUGGGACUGGAGGUGGCCCCCUCGCCAGGUGUCUCCAGCGCCAUCUUCUUCGUGCCGGGCUUCUUGUUGUUGGUUCCCGGAGGUGCGAAGGGGCUCCGGGGCGGGGCGGGGGGCUCCGGGGCGGGCUGGGCUCUGGGCGGGGCCCUCGGCGCUGACCGGCCCCGCCCCGCAGUCUACCACGUGAUCUUCAUCUACUGCGCCGUCAAGGGCCACCGGGGCUUCCAGUUCUUCUACCUGCCCUACUUCGAGAAGUGAACCGCGGACGGGCAGCCGGUAUCCAGCCUCGUCUCCGAGCGGCCCCAGGAGGCGCUCCUCGGGUCCGCUCCGGUUUCCUCAUCUCCAGGGAAGAACUCCGGGACCCCGGAGCCCCCAACCCCUCGAAGUUUGCUCAGGA